UCCCCUUCUUUUAUAUGUCACUAGCAUUUGUUAAACAAAAAGUGCUAAUUCCAAAAUAAUUAUUCAUCGAAAUUUGUUAAUUGGUGAAUUGUAAAAAAGAAAUCAAUCACAAUGUCUACACUUGCAAGUCCUUUAUCAGUUGCGGGAACCAGAACUUCAGGUGCUCCUGUACGAACACAAAACGUGAUGGCCGCAUGCUCUAUCUCAAACAUUGUGAAAAGCUCUUUAGGUCCAGUCGGUUUAGACAAAAUGUUAGUUGACGAUAUCGGCGACGUGACCGUCACUAAUGAUGGAGCCACCAUUCUACGUUUACUUGAAGUAGAACAUCCCGCCGCGAAAGUAUUAGUGGAAUUGGCACAGCUUCAGGAUGAAGAAGUCGGAGAUGGGACUACAUCUGUGGUUAUUAUAGCAGCAGAGCUUCUAAAGAACGCAGAUGAACUGGUGAAACAGAAGAUUCAUCCCACCUCCAUUAUAAGCGGGUAUCGUCUGGCAUGUAAGGAGGCAUGUAGAUAUAUUACAGAUAAUCUUACAAUACCAGUGGAGGAGUUGGGUAGGGAGAAUAUAAUUAAUGUUGCAAAGACCGCAAUGAGUUCUAAAAUCAUUGGAGCAGAUGCAGAGUUGUUUUCCAACAUCGUCGUUGAUGCCGCCAACGCUAUCAAAAUUGUUGACGUAAAAGGAAACCCAUUGUAUCCCAUCAAAGCGGUCAAUGUUCUAAAGGCACACGGACGUAGCGCCAGAGAGAGUGUUUUGGUCCAAGGCUAUGCCUUAAACUGCACCGUUGCCAGUCAAGCAAUGCCAAAGAGAAUUACAAAUGCUAAAAUUGCGUGUUUAGACUUUUCUCUUCAAAAGGCCAAAAUGAAAUUGGGCGUACAGGUUUUGGUUACGGAUCCCGAGAAAUUGGAGGCAAUUCGCGCGCGCGAGCUUGACAUAACUAAAGAGAGAAUUCAAAAGAUUUUGGCAACUGGUGUUAACGUUGUAUUAUGCACCGGUGGAAUUGAUGAUCUGUGUUUGAAAUAUUUCGUUGAGAAUGGAGCUAUGGGGGUGAGACGAGUUAAAAAGAACGAUCUGAAGAGAAUCGCCAAAGCCACAGGAGCUGCUUUCGUUACAUCUUUAAGCAACAUGGAUGGUGAGGAAAGCUUUGAAGCCAGCAUGGUUGGAGAAGCUGCAGAAGUUGUGCAAGAAAGAAUAAGUGAUGAUGAAUUAAUUUUGAUUAAAGGACCCAAAGCACGGACAGCUGCUUCAAUUAUUUUACGUGGCCCCAAUGACUUCUAUUGUGAUGAAAUGGAACGUUCCGUCCAUGACGCACUCUGUGUGGUAAAACGUGUUUUGGAGUCGAAAAGUGUGGUUACUGGAGGUGGAUCAGUAGAAGCAGCCUUGUCAAUUUACUUAGAAAAUUUUGCAACAACUCUAAGCUCUCGCGAGCAACUGGCAAUAGCUGAAUUUGCACGUAGUCUGCUUGUAAUUCCAAAAACCUUAGCAGUCAAUGCGGCACAAGAUGCUACCGAUCUAGUUGCAAAAUUAAGAGCGUAUCAAAAUUCAAGUCAGACGAACAUUAACCAUGCACAUUUGAAAUGGAUUGGUCUUGAUUUAAUUGAAGGGACGGUGCGAGAUAACAAAAAGGCGGGCGUAUUGGAACCCACCAUAUCGAAAAUUAAGUCAUUGAAGUUCGCAACGGAAGCCGCCAUUACUAUUCUAAGAAUCGAUGACAUGAUUAAGCUGGAUCCUGAAGAUAAGAAAGGCAAGAGCUACCAGAAUGCAAUGGAAAGUGGCGAAUUGUAUGGUUAAUUCUUACUUUGAAGAAAUUUUUUCUACUAAUGUUCCAUUUUUUAUUUAUCUUAACUCAUUAAACACAUUAAUUCUUGCAUCAAUAUAGUAACAGAUAAUUACA